GGGCGGGUUCCGAGGCCUUGACAGCAAACACAGUCUGGUCCUGGGGCUCUGAGCGCCGGGAGGCAGAGGGUGGGCCCGCGGUCACGUGACCCAGCCAGCUGUUUGCAGGGGACUGGAGAGCUUGGAGUUGGGAGAUCUAGAAGCGCCGGCGGUCGCCUGCUCUCCUGCCGCUGCAGCCCCUGAUGCAGACGCAGUAGCCCAGCAGCUGCAGCGCCCUCAACUCGGCAGUCUCAUCAGCAUCAGCACCACAGGAUCCGACCGGAGCCCGGUGCUUAGCAGGAUGUCUGGAGCUCCUCCAAGUUACUGUUUUGUGGCUUUGCCACCUCGAGCUAAGGAUGGUUUGGUGGUGUUUGGGAAGAACUCAGCCCGACCUAGAGAUGAAGUGCAAGAGGUUGUGUAUUUCCCUGCUGCUGACCACGAAGCUGAGAGCAAAGUUGAGUGCACUUACAUCUCAAUCGACCAAGUUCCCAGGACCCACGCCAUAGUGAUAAGCAGACCUGCCUGGCUCUGGGGGGCAGAAAUGGGAGCCAAUGAACAUGGAGUGUGCAUAGCCAAUGAAGCCAUCAAUACCAGAGAGCCAGCUGCUGAGACGGAAGCCUUACUGGGGAUGGAUCUGGUCAGGCUUGGUUUAGAGCGAGGGACAACAGCUAAAGAAGCCUUAGACGUCAUUGUCUCCUUGCUUGAUGAGCACGGACAAGGUGGGAAUUAUUAUGAAGAUGCGCACUCCUGCCACAGCUUCCAAAGUGCUUAUCUGCUGGUGGAUCGUGACGAAGCCUGGGUGCUGGAGACCGUCGGGAAGUAUUGGGCCGCCGAGAGGAUCACAGAGGGAGUGAGAUGCAUCUGCAACCAGCUUUCCCUCACCACUAAGAUGGACGAGGAACACCCAGAACUCAGGACUUACGCUCAGAGUCAAGGCUGGUGGACGGGAGAGGAUGAAUUUAAUUUUGCCCAGGUUUUUUCUCCGGCUGAUGACCAUUUGGACUGCUGUGCAGGCAAAGACAGCUUAGAAAAGCAAGAGGAAAGCAUCACUGUGCAGACAAUGAUUAACAUCUUACGAGACAAAGCCAGCGGAGUCUGCAUAGACUCCGAGUCUUUCCUCACCACCGCCAGUAUUGUGUCUGUCCUGCCUCAGAACAGAAGUUCCCCGUGCAUCCACUACUUCACCGGGACCCCGGAUCCUUCCAGGUCCAUAUUCAAGCCAUUCAUCUUUGUUGAUGACGUAAAACUUGUCCCCAAAGCACAGUCACCCUGUUUUGGCGACGAUGACCCAGCCAAAAAGGAACCUCGGUUCCAGGAGAAGCCAGACCGCCGGCAUGAGCUGUACAAGGCUCAUGAGUGGGCACGUGCUGUCAUCGAGAGUGACCAGGAGCAAGGCCGCACGCUGAGGAAGACCAUGCUGGAGCUGGAGAAGCAAGGCUUGGAAGCCAUGGAAGAGAUCCUAAGCAGCCCCGAGCCCCCGGACCCUGCCGAGGUGGGGGACCUUUUCUACGACUGUGUGGACACCGAGAUGAAGUUCUUUAAGUGAUGUAAGCACCCUCGCCCUUACUUAAAACUUCCCACCUAACUAAAUUACCAGCAGAGAAACACUCUUCUGUUUGAGUAAAAUGAGACUUACCAUGUGGCCGCCUUGUGUCUAAAUGUUCCCUCUGUUCAGCUUAGCAACCCCCCUUGGCUAUGUAACUCGAUCCCACAUGCCUCCUGCUCCAUUGUGUGAUAAGCUGUGGGCCUGAAGAUGUUCUUGUAUUUCAGUGACAAUGGGCACCUUAGGAGAGCGAGAGUUUCCCCCAGCCUUGGACAGGGCUGCAAGGCCAGGCUGGUGGGAAAGACCGGAGUUGUGAAGGUCCUAGUCCCUCUCUAGAUAGUGGUUUCCUCGAGGUUAACAAAAGGCUUUUGUUCAUACUGAAGACUCUUGUGUGUGUAGAUGGGGGAGAACCCCCCCCAGCUUUCCCCCACAAAGCACAGGCUUAUGUAUGUGCAGCUCACAGUCCCCACAGGUAUGUCUUGGGAAACAAAGCUAAUGGGAAGGGACAGAGGAUCCUGGGGACAGUCCCAGCUCUGCACCAGUGAUUGUGACUCUGAAAGACCUGUCCUCUGUGAAUUGUGCCCAUGCGCAGUAGACCAGACCUGCUUCCGGGUCGUGCCCAUGCGCAGUAGACCAGACCUGCUUCCAGAUGCAGGAGAGCUGGGCGUCCGUGUUAGCUGGACCUCCCCAUCCAGCACGGCACCCGCCCGUGUAUAGAUGACUUGCGAUUGGAUCGUCAGCAACAUGUAGAAGAUGCGUGAAAUGGCCUCGGCAGAGUUCACAACUUUAAAUCUCAGCCAAUGAGGGAAAGAAAAGGGACUCCUGACUGUUGAAAGCCCCUGGGUCCAGGCAGCACUGUCUCGAUGGAGACUGGAAUUCAACUCACUUGUCUCCAGCAUCGUUGUGUUGCAAAAAGGACUCGACUCCUCUGGAGGGGUGUGGGGAAGACAGGGCAGGCUGAGGACAGAUGGCUGUGCCCACUGCCUGGUUACCUAGAUUCCCGCAUGUCAGUGUGCUGAGCACCUGACCUCCAGGGUCUCCCCACUUAGUUCUUAUGCCCCACUGCCGAGCAGCUGCCUUUGGAUUGGUGUUGAGAAUGAGAGGAUGUGGGAGCUUAUCCACCGCCACUGCCCACGACUCCUGAAGGGGCCAAAGCGGGUAGGGAUGACUGGCAGACGUGUAGAUUAGAGGAACGGCUAGUGGGGGUGUGCUGCAGGGCCCACUUAUAUGUCGUCAUUCUUGACAGGGCUGAACACACAGGCGCUGUCCCUCAAUGGCCUCAGGCAUGGCUUAGGGUCCCCGGAUCCUUCCUACCACGGGCUGGGAGAGCUUGCAGGGACCUGAGCCCACAUUUCACAAUGUGAUGCAGGCCAGAUGCUUCAUUGGGACAAAUAUCUUCUCUUUCAGCCCUCCUGUAAGAGGGUGUAUGUGCUGUGAGCCCCUUUCUCGACUGUUCCGUGAGUUCCAUGUAUAAACAAAUGGCAAAACGCGAGAGAUGGGACAAGCUCAUGACACCCAAUGGUGGCUUGCAGUUGCUAGGGGCUUUGGGCAGGCUGACCGCAGCGUCUGAUGUGGAUAAUCAGAGAGCACAGGUCCAGGGCUAAGCCGAAAGUGCCCGCGGGCGCAAAUGGAAGAAGGGUGACGUUUGGGGAGAAACAGUUGCCUGUCCCACCCCACCCGCCGAGUUAGUUAAGUGAGGUGAUGCGGAGAGCCAUCCUGUGAUUCCCCUGUGUGGUCUCACCGCCACGUGUGAAGCCAACACACCAGAUCUGACCUGUCUGAGACAGCCAAGACCAUUCAGGGUUCGAUCAGAAGUCCAGUGAAAGUAAAUGUCACAACAACCCUCUUUCAUUACUUUGGCCAAGGUUGUAGACGGCUGUGCCAACUUGAUGUCACCUCAGGUGGGCACUGGAAAACACAGUGGCUACUUCUAUUAUUGGAUAUUGAUCUUAGCCCAGCAUCACAGAGAAAGGCCAACCCUCUUGCUCGGAGCAUUGUACAUCUCAACCACGCUGUCGUCUUACCACUAGAGGGCGCAGGAGCCCACUGAGGGCAACCUGGCAGCAGUUAAGGCCUCUGGUUUUUCCCUUCAGUCAAUGGUUAAGAACUGGGUUGGGGUAGAAACUUUUCUCACUGGGAUGGGUGGGAACAGACACAAGGAAAAUAAGGAAUCUGGUGAGGUUCCUGCAUGUACUUUAGUGACUUUAUCUAAAUUAACAGCAGAAAUGAUGCUGGAUUUUGAGUAGGCAGAUGUAGAAGAAUAUUUGUUUUAAAAUGCUCCUAGUGGAUUUCUCUUUGAAGAAAGGCUUCUUUCAUGGUAAUUUCUUAAUCAGGGGUUAGUUUUCUGAACAGCACAGAGAAAGUGGAUAUCCAGGAUGAAAUAAUAUGGAAUGUUUAAGAUCACUCUGUAAAUGACUUCCCAGAAGGCCACCAGUUAAGCCUGGAGGGUGGGGGGUCCUGAGCACACUUUGUGCAGAAAGAAGUCAUGACCAUUAAGGACAGACUGCCUGCCCCCACCUGCCGUAGAACCUAACGUAAGCUAGCUAGUCCUGUGUGGAUGAGAUUUCCACUGGGCGAAAACAGCAUGACCGCUGGGGGCAGACGCUUGAGCCGACGUUAAGUUAGCAAUUAGGAAAUAGUCUUUUAUCAUUCCUGGGUGUGUCUGGAAGCUGUGGUAGAACAGGGACCUGAUAAAAGCUGUGGAGACUUAGCCCAACCCAAGAUCAGUGUUUGUAGGCGUCAGCAGCUAUAAAAAUAAUUGUCGACCACAAAAAAAAUAAUAAUAAUGUCAAUCCCACAUCCAUACCACUUCUGGAAGGCCCUCAGGGCAGCCAGGUGUGAGUGUCUGGAAGUCACUGGCUGCUUUCUUUCAUUGCAAAAGGUCUUCAGCGGAGAGCUCCCCUUUGGGAGAAAACGUGAGGAAGCCAGGAGGGGGGCCGUGGAGGGAGAGCUUCGGCAGGUGGAGGGCAAGCGUAGCAUCUCCUCUGUGCCUCCCUUAGCUGUGGGGCUUCACGCCACAUGGCUCUGUGUCCCGGCUCCUGUUCUGUGGUGUGUGUCAAGUGCGUUUUAUCUGGCUGAAGCCAACCACCCUGAAAUAUCACACACAGAAAUUUUGCAGGAAUGAUACAUGUCUUAAAUCACCUGAGAACUGAAAUGCCAUAGAACCUUUGUUUCCUGUGUUGGGGGAACCGACUGUGUGGUCUUAACAGCCUUUUGUACAAAUAUCUACAAGUCGAAUAAUGUCCCUAUCCAGUGCUUGCCCUCAGGAGUGUCUUUAAAUGCACCAAGUGUACAAUAAAAAUAUCAAAGUCAA